GAAAACAAAAUUUGCUGCUGUCGAUCUUCAGCUCCACAAACCAGAAUCCAGAAUCCAGAAUCACUUCUAAUCUCAUCUUCUUCUUAAUCAACAAUAAUGGCCUUGAAGUUUCUGAACAAGAAAGGGUGGCACACGGGUAGUCUACGGAACAUAGAAAAUGUUUGGAAAGCAGAGCAGAAGCAUGACGCUGAACAGAAGAAGCUUGAGGAACUCCGGAAGCAAAUCCACGAAGAAAGAGAGAGAUCCGAAUUUCGUCUCCUUCAGGAACAAGCCGGCUUAGUUCCGAAGCAAGAAAGAUUGGAUUUCUUAUACGAUUCUGGAUUAGCCGUAGGGAAGGGCAAUUCUGAUGGAUUCAAGGCUCUUGAAUCAUUUCCCGCUAAGGCAGAACCUGAACAGCCCUCAUCUGCGAACAAGGCCUCUACGCCAGGGGCUUUAUUUGAAGAUAAGCCUCAGUCUGCUAAUGAUGCAUGGAGGAAACUGCAUUCCGAUCCCUUGCUUUUAAUAAAGCAGCGUGAACAGGAAGCACUAGCUCGUGUGAAGAAUAAUCCAGUCCAGAUGGCUAUGAUCCACAAAUCUGUUGAAGCAAAGAAGCACAAGGAGAAAACAUCAGAUGGAGAAAAGCACAAAGAAAAACAUCACCGCAAGAAGUUGAAACAUGAAAAGCAUACAUCAUCCAAACAUCAUAUCAACUCAGAUGAUGAUGUUGGACAAGGGGAAGGACAAAGAAGUACCAGUUCCAGCCACUAUUCAAAACACAAGAGGAACAUUCAAACUGAACGUGUAAGGGAUGGUGACAGGUAUCAACAUGAAAGAUAUCAUGGGAAAGACCAUUUUGGCCCUCAAUCUACUAAAAGAGAUAGGGAAGACCAUUUUAGCUCUCAAUCUGCUAAAAGAGAGAAGGAAGACCAUUUUGGCUCUCAAUCUACUAAAAGAGACAGGGAAGACCAUUCCGGCUCUCAGUCUACUAAACGAGAUAGGGAAGGCCAUUAUAGCUCUCAAUCUGCUAAACGAGAUAAGGAAGACCAUUUUGGCUCUCAAUCUGCUAAAAGAGAUGAGGCAGACCAUUCUGGCUCUCAAUCUGCUAAAAGAGAUAGGGAAGACCAUAUUGGCUCUCAAUCUGGUAAAAGAGAUGGGGAAGAUAGAAAGCAUCUUCCACCACGCCAUCACAAAGUCGGUGAACAUAACCGACGAAAUAGCAGCAUGAAACUUUCGGAAGAAGAAAGAGCUGCAAAGUUAAAGGAGAUGCAAAUGGAUGCAGAAGUGCAUGAAGAACAAAGAUGGAAACGGUUGAAGCAGGCUGCUGAUGAUGAUGCUAAGGAAGCUACACGUGCUAGUUCUAGUGGGCGUAAUUUCUUGGAUGCUGCUCAUAAAAGCGUUUUUGGAGCUGAGAAGGGUGGCAGCUCCACCAUAGAGGAGAGUGUUCGUCGUCGGACACAUUAUUCACAACGAAGGAGCGAAGAAAACGCUUUUAGGCGGUAGGCUGCUUAUUUGGUGGAAAAGUCAUGUAACAUAUGCUGCUGCUAUAUGCUGCUGCUAUAUGAGGAUGAUAAUAUGAUCCUAGUCCUAUUCUAAUGGGUGUUGGGGAGUAACUAAUAUUGAUUUCUGUUUGUAGUUGUUGGGUAAAACUUGUUCAAGCUGCUAUGGGAGGAUGGUAAUAUUUUUCUAGUCCC